AUGGCACUUGUUGAAGAGCUUAUCACAGCGUCAUUUGAUGUUCUAUCAAAUGGAAUGUACCGCAACGAGCCACAGCAAUCGAUGUUUCUCUUCCGGGCAUUUCUCGUCAACAAACUCCCUUCGUUCCUGUCAGACCUAGCAGGAUCGGUGGUAGAACCAAUACCAGUUGAACUAUGUAUCACUCGUGCUUUAGCGCGGGUAGACCCAAACACGUUCCCAUCAUUUUCAGAAAUAUUCUCUACCCAUGGUAAUUCGGUUUUGUCUGACGUGAGACAAGAGUUUCUUUUCUCGUGUGCCUUGCAUAAAUUAAUACCCGAGUCAAGCAUUGAACGCCUUUUGGGAGAGAACCCAAUGCAAACAUUGCCGAAUGGGGGAAGAUUUGUCAAACACGAUCUAGUUGCUCAGAUAAACAAUAGCCAUGAAAGGGCAGAGCAAUUGCUGAAUGGUGUCGAGUCAAUGGACGGCAACGCAAGGGCAAUUGUUGAGGCUAUAGCGGAGGUAUGGGCUUUCCAUAGAACCAAGAUUCUCCAAAGCACUAACAUGGAUAACAUGGACAACGUAGGUGAUGCAUAA